AUGGUGAAACUUGGGCGAGGUCGUCGCUCUCCCUCCGAUUCCAUUUUUGGCUCCUCCUCUCGCUCCUCUUCCCCCUCCGACUCCCGUUCCUCCUCUCACCCACGCACCCUUUCUCGGUCCCGCUCUCCCUCGUGCUCCAAAUCCUCUUCCCCCUUAUCCUCUUCUUCGUCCCGAAGCUCACGCAGCCGCAAUCCUCCCCCGCAGAGGCGUCGAAGAUUUAUGCCUUUGCUUUUUGAAAUGCAGGCCCAAAUAGAUGGCAAUGCCAUGAAGGCAAGAUUUACUCUACCUCCAAGGCAGAAAGUUUCACCACCCCCAAAGGUUUAUGUUGACACCCCCAGGACUGAUAAUGCUAGUGCAAAUGUUGACAAGGAUGGACCAAAGCGGGUUGAACUAGAAGCUAGAGAUGAGAGCUAUGAUGUGAUAAUUGGUGACUUGCCAGACCCAAUUGAUGGAGGUCCUUGCUAUAAACUUUACACCAAGUGUUGA